AUGAACGUAGAGACUUCGCGCGUUUCGAGCUAGACCAGUUGAAAAACUGUCAGAGGAAUAAGUAUCAUGUCGCGUUUUUGUGCGAAAAUUGAAUACACGUCACUCUGAGGACAGCAGAGGCCAAGUGGCACUAAAGCCGUCAGAAGAAUGGCACCAGGUCAAAACACACAGUUGGAGAAAGUAAUUGAUGAGGUGUUAAAGAGUGGGGAUGUCCACACACUGGAUGUAUUCCUGCAAAGGGACAUAUAUGAAGGGAUCCCCAUGAAAUGUUCCCAAAAAUUCCUCACCAAAUUGGACAAACUUGUCCACAGGUGCUUGGAUCAAAAAGAUGCAAAAUCAGCCAGCUUGGGUCUUGCUGUCAUCUACAAAUGUGGGGAAAACCUGAAACUACCUGGUGGUGCUCAAGGGCUGUCAGGAAUAAUAGGUCAAGGCCUGAUCAAAAAGAUGGUGCAGUGGUUUGAGAAAUGCAGGCAACUGUGGACCCAGUGUGGCCUGCAGUGGGAUGAGACCUUGUUCAACCUUUCUGAGGACUUCUUUGAUGCCCUGAUGGUGGUUCAUGAAGCAUGCAAAGAAGGAACAUAUAAAAUCACAGAGUCCUUCCUGUAUCCUGUCGGUCAAUUAGGAGUGGACCCCAGAAUCUACAUCCUAAUCCAGAAGGAGGCAAUUCGUAAAUUUAACUUAAUUCUGGACAAAAUCCCAGUGGAUCUUAAGAAAGAGAGGAAGAUCUUAACAUCACAGGAAGCCUCAGAUAUAAUGAUCAAGCUGGCUGGUCAGAUAUUGGAGGGUGGUGAUUAUGACUUGCAAACAGCCCUGAUGGAGGCAUUGUGCAGAAUGGCUACUCCUGAUGAGAGGAAGGAACUGGCAAAUCGAUGGUUCAGCAUGGAGCAUGUGGCCAGUGCCUUUGCCAAGAUCUGUGAUUCUGAAUUUGAGACGGAUUGUCGCAAGUUUCUGAACUUGGUGAAUGGGAUGCAGGGAGAUGGGAGAAGAGUGUAUUCCUACCCUUGUUUGGAAGUUUAUCUGGACAAGUAUGAGCUGCUGAUGCCCGCUGAUGAGAAGCUUGAAAAAUUCUGGAUCGACUUCAACCUUGGUAGCCACAGCAUAUCCUUUUACUUCUCUUUGGCUGAUGAAGAGGCGCAGGAGGGCCAGUGGGAAACAAUAUGUAUCAAUGAGAAUGAAGUCCAAAGCUACACUGUUACAGAGGAGGGCAAGAGGAAAGUCUUGCGGUUAAAACUGUCAGAGGUGGUGGUCGUUGGUGCGGUUGAAGGAUCAAGUCUUACCAUCCACUUCAGCUGCUCCCUGGACAUCCUGCAGGCUGCUUGUAGUGUUUAUGGACACAGCAAAAACAGACACUUUGUAGGAAAGAAGGGCACAUCUGUGGUGAAAACUACAGUUAAAAUCAUAAUGGAAGAGAACAGCUCCCAGGUUGUUCCAGAGAGCCAGGUCUCCCUUGGUGAAAGUGAGAAAAAUACCACCCUGGACCUUUUACCUGUCCCAUCUGCACCUAUACAGAUGGUGACCCCAGCCGAGAUGAGGAUUUCAGAGUCCACCACCAUCAUCAGCAAUAGUGCUGGAAGAAAUGUACAUGGUGCCAGGUCCCUUUCUGCUGUUAUGCCAUCGACCAAGGGUAAAGGGAAGGCAUCUCUGGAGAUGGUUCGUUCAUGUGAUAGGAAAGGUGAAUUUUACCUGGGAGAACUAAGGACGACUGCUAAGAGUCCUGGCACAACACCCUGCAUCCCGAUAGCAGGUGGCUUGAUAGAGCAGAGUGAUAUGUCUCUACAGAGCUCUGCUUCCAAACAGGCCAAUAAGAAAAAGGUUGGAAAACACAAAAAGAACAUCCCGGUAGCAAAAGCAGUAGAUAUAGUUCUAGCUGGACAGGGAGAACAACAGUCUCUGGAGGAUAGUUUUGUGCCUGACACCCAACCCAAAUCUGUGAGAAACAUAUCUUCUCACUGGAACAAACUAUCAGUUUCUGAAAUGCUAAUGAUGCCCACACAGAAAAUAAAUACUCUUACAAAACCUGAGCCUCAUUCAAGUUUGGCACAGCAGUGGGAACGCCCGUCCUUAGCACUGAGAUUGUCAGUUCCAGGCUCAGGCCCAAUCAGCCAAAAGCAGCUUCAUACUGACCUCACCCAGCGCCUUCAGCAGGUCCUCAGUGAGAAGAACCAAGAUUGUGUACCUCACGUCCCAGCUGCACCCCAGAGAAAAAUGUCUGAUAUCAAAGGGGAGUCUAAAGGCAGAAUCUCUGCAGGCCAAUGUGUUUCCACUUUGUUUGAUCCCAAAGUGCAGCAGGCCCAGAGAAAUGGCCUGACCAAAGGGAAUCGAAAAGGCCUGAUGUCAGUGGAGGCAGAUGCUGCUCCAAACAAAGCUCAAGUCAAGGCCCCUAUAACGAAAGCUAUGCAGGAGAGGAUACCACCUGGUGUUAAGGCUGAAACUAACAGGGCCCUUUCAAAAAAAGAGAAGAGAGAUGCAGAGGUUGCGGAAAGCAUGGUGAAGCUCAUCUCUAGCCAUUAUGAGAUUAACACCCAAACCGCAGCAAAAAAUACAGUAGAAAAUAUUCAUCAGAGCUGGAUUCCUCCUCUUGUUAACAGGCCGAUCUUCAAUAUGAGCUGGUUAUCAACUGCUAAAAGAGAUGUAUCAGGAGCUGUAAGCCUAAUGAAAUCCCACAGUAAAACAGCAACAAAGUCUUCAAGGCAGAGGAAAAAGGAUGUUUUUGCAUUCGACAUUGAUGCACCAUUGAGUAUUGGGGGAAAAGACAAACCCUUCACUAACACUUCUGCCAUAUCGAGAAGUGGCAACCAUGACUCUUCAGUACUUCACAGCACAACCAAGAAAGGACAACCUGUGAUAAAAGAGAAGCGGUAUCUGAAAAAGCAUUUGUUCAGUGACACAGAUACAGACUAUGCCGUGACAGAGGUCAGCUGGCUGAGGGACUCAAGCAGAAAACCCAAACCCAAAGUUACCACAUACUCAAGGCAGGCACCCAAUAAGCCUAAAGCUGUGUCACCUCAUACUUCAUAUGAAUCCCCAGAUUUAUCACCACCCUCCCCAAAACCUGUAAAGGGCACGACCAAACCCAAUAAAAAGAAGAACAAUGUGAAGGAGAGAGUGGAGCAGCCGAAGAAGACAGUGAAGCCAGCAGCAGCACCUGAAGCAGGCAGGAGGCCCAAAAGAGCUGCAGCCACCUCCACCAAGAACUACAGGGAGCCAGAUACUGAUGAUAGCCAGUCAGAAUCGGAGAACCCUCCGGUUCCCAAGUACUCCUUGCCUGAUCAUCUGGAGAAUACUGAGAAAACUCAUGAGGCUGCUUGCAUGAUGAAGAAAAAGUCUGCCAGCAAGCAAUCAACCAGAAGCUAUAUGAGGCUAGAGAGCAACUAUCAUAGCAGACAGUCAGAGUCGGUGUUAGAGCAGUCAUCCACUUCCAAGCAGAGGCCUAAGAAUGUUCUUCGAGAAACUUCAAAGUCCAUUAAGAAAAAUGUCUUCCCUGUCCAAGAGCAGACGAAUGCAUUGAAGGAUUCUUGGGCUGCCCACCAGACCUCGUUCUGUCCGUCCCCUCCUUCCAUCGAGAGGAUGAGAUCUGCCAAGAGGUCAGACCUAACCCUGGGUUUGACCUGCUCCCCUCUCCUCACCCCGCGGGGAUCCCCACUCCCUGACUCUCCUGACCCUGCCUGCCAGGACACCCCCUCGCCAAUCCUGCUGCUACCCAAACCUCGCUCUACAGUCAGCAGUAAAGGAAACUUAAAGCCCUCCUCUUUCUCCAGUGCAGAAAAGAAGCACAGCAGAUCCAAGCCUCAGUCCAUCCAGUCUGCCACCUCUCCCCCUUCACUGGGAGGUCAAACCCCUGAACCAAAUCCUCCCAUUGGACCUAGUGAAACAGAGAUAAGUCAAGUUCAGGAGCGUCUAUCCCCAGCACAUCAGUCUCCUUUGUCUCUGUCCACUCGGCCCCUGUUGACAUCCACACUCUUUGAGCUGGACAAGCCGUCCAUGCCCUAUCCUUCUCAGUCACCAUUCCCUGAAGACACUGUCAACCAUUGCCGCCUUUAUGGGUUUAGUCAGGCGUCUUCAGUAUCACAGGUUUCACGCAGCCAAUCAUCCACUAAGUCAUUCACGCUCACUAGCAGAGUUAAGGACAACCCCGAUGCUGCUCUGACCGUGUCUCAUAGAACAGAGAAGACACCACCUUCAGACCGAGACGUAAAGCCUGCACAGCUUCAUAUCUCAGGACCCAGUCGCAAGCGCCAAAUCUCCUCAUCCAGUAGUUCCGGGGAAGAUGAGAAGGAAGAGAGGAAGAAAAGCAAGAUGAGAGGGCAGCAUUCUCCUCGGAUGAAGCCAAGGAAGUUGUUCAAGUCCUUCGCUGAGGUGUCUGCUGAAGGUGAGGUGAGCCAGGUUAUGUCUUCUUUCCACACGGUGAGCUCCACUCACUGGGAGGCUGAAGUGGGGGGUGGAGCCAUGGAUACGGAUGAGGAUUUGGAGCUGCAAGGAAUUGCUGUAAACCCAAGUAACCUGUGUCAACAAUUCAGCUCUGAGCUAAAGAAGAAGUUCCAGAUUUACUGGAAAAAACAGGCUGUGGCUUUCCAUUCUUACCAGGAGCAGGAAACCAGGAGAAAUGAUACCCUGAAAAAAGCCCUCCAGAGUCACGCGUGUCACAGCCUGGAGUACGAACAGAGAAUAUUCACAUCCCAGAUGUGCCUGAUAAGAAAAGAUAUGAAGUCAGUUCAGGACAGACUCCUCAGUGAGAUGCAAAACGGGGAGAUCCAGAGUGUGAAGAGAGGUCUGCAUUCUUUGUUUUUCCCUGAUGGAGCCAGGUUUUGAGUUGGACAAAGUCCUGUCAGAUCUCUACACUAUAAAUAAGGUUGUGUAUUUCACCACAGGAUUCACAAUGUGCUGUGUAGUUGAGCUGCCCUGAUUUCAUGUCAGACUGUUUGACUGAGGUGUUGAGUUUUCCAGGUUCUGCUUUUAUUGUAUGUGGAUGUAUUAUAGUUUAUUCUGACCUGGACAUGUUGUUGCUAUAAGGACUGUUAGGUCAUUCUGAUCUUUAUUAUUUGAUGAAAUUUAUAGAUUUGAUCAUUUUUAGUGUUCUUUGAAAGUAAGUACAGGUAAUAAGCUUUUUCAAUGUCUUUAAUUUUCUUGGCUUUGUGAUGUUUUAAUACAAAGUCCUGAUUUAUUCAUGUAGGUUAGUUAAGUACUGAAAAAUGGCCAACUAAACAUUUAAAAUGUUAAAUCCAUCAAUUAUUUUCAAAUACCUG